AAAAGACUCUGACUAUUUCGUCCAUACGUAUAUGUUUGUUUACCUUAAAAUUUUUGAUGUAAUUGUAAUUCGGUUCUCGCUAACGUUUUACAAAGUUAAACAUUUUCAUUUUAAUUUUAUAAAAUGAAGUGAUGUAAUUUGUGAUUAAUCUGUGUGAAUGACUUAACUGUAUAAUAUGUUAUAUCUCUCAUUUGCUGUCGCAUAUGUUUGGAUGUUGGGAUGCAGCUGCCGAAGAAUUUAUGAAUUAGAUGUUAGAGGAGAAGCUCGAUAUGGAUAUUACAUUGCUGUUGAAAUUGGAACGCCAUCCCAGCUGCUCAAUAUAUUAGUGGAUACAGGUAGUAGUAACACUGCCGUUCUUGCUGUACCGUUUCAAAAUGGCAGUUCGAAAUAUUUCCACAGCAAUGAAUCAAGAACCUUACAUACGUUCACCAAUAAAAUUGAUUUGCAUUAUAGUGAAGGGCUAUGGAGUGGCUUCUUAGCAUCAGAUGUCAUUCGUUUUUGUGCUGAACAGAACUGUUCAUUACAUUGCAUUAUCGUAUGCAUAUCCUCUGUAAAUAAAACUUUGGAUGUAAAUUACAAGUUUCAGGGCGUUCUCGGACUUGCGUAUCCGUCUCUAACGAAUCAAAACUUAGCCACUCAUUCCUUUAUGGAUACUUUAGUCGAAGUGCAAAAUGUGAGUAAUAUUUUUGCACUUGCACUGUGUGGGCCUUAUUUUCAUAGUAAGCAGCAAACAUCUACUGCUUGUGGAAAGUUUCAUAUUGGUUACAUGUCGGACAAAUAUUGUGAUGUAGUGUAUACACCACUUGUGAAAGAAUGGUAUUAUGAAGUGGUAUUAACUGAUAUGAUGGUAGGAACAAAUCACAUUACUUGCUCUUGUUUGGAAUUGAACAAAGGUUCGUCUAUAAUUGACAGUGGUACUACUGAAUUGAAUCUACCUGAAGUAGCAUAUAAAUGGGUUGUAAGUGAAAUUAAACAUCACAUUAAAGACCAUCCAGAUUAUAUUUGGGAGAAUGACUCUGUUAUAUGUUCUAAUGAGAGAGAAUUUUUUAUCAUGAAGUUUCCAGUUCUUACAUUAUCUUUUCUGCAUACUUCCAACAGUUCUUUUAAUCUUGUUAUACAUCCUGAACUAUAUCUAUUACCUCUUACAUUCAAAAAUUAUGCCAGCUGUGUUACAUUAGCAAUUGGCAAAUCCAAUUUUGGUGUUGUGGUCGGUUCUACUAUUUUAAAAGGUUUUUAUGUCAUUUUUGACCGCGUGAAUAAAAGAAUUGGAUUUGCAAAUUCUUCUGAUACUUCACAUUUACUGAGUAACAUUGGGAGUGUUUCACUUCCAAAUUAUACAGAUGGAAAUUUUGAUCAUUGCAAAAAAGGAAAAUCAGACGAAAGUGAAAUUUCAGCUUUAACUAUUGUUUUAUUGUGUUGUUCUGUGGCUUGUGCUGUUAUUUUAUUAUAUACAUUACUUACAUGGAUUUGGAGGCAGUUUAUUUUACGCUCCUUUGAUUCUUCAGAGACAAGCAGCUUGGUUGAUGAUGAUUAAAUAUAUAUAUUUUUAAACGUUUCCAUUUCAGAAUUUUUAAUAUUUUUAGAAAAAAGAUAUUUUUAGAUGUCAUAUAUGUAAUUUAUAGGAAAAGAAUAUGAAUUAAAUUAUUUAUAGCAUGAGAAUUUUAUUUGGUACAUGCAAAGGAUUUCACAUAAAUAGCUUCUCUGAAAAAAAAAAAAAAUUACACUGUGUACUGAAAAAUGUCUACAAAAUGGGGUGCUACUUUGGUAGAUGGUUGCACGGAUUUUUGGCGAUUUACGUUGGCGCGAUUUUUACAAACGUCAGCCAUCUUGAAAAACGCUGUUUUUACGCAUAGUAAAGUAUUCCAAACUUUAAAAAAAAAAAUAAAUAUCGUUAAAAGUAAUGGAUUAAUUUUUUGUUGAAAAUGUCGCUUUUUAAGAUGGCAGCAAGGGUAAAUAAAUACAUUUACUAUGAGUAUAAAAUAGUAAGUAAGGUUACUAUUACUUUCAUUAGCA